AAUCGUACAGGCUUGCACGCAGAGAACAGGCUGUUAUCAUUAGUAGGGAAAUAGCGCAACGUUUGGCAGCUGGUUCGGACGAGAUGGAGGAUUUCCGCAAGAUCAACAUCGACCAGUACGAUGAGGAUGUACUGCUGGACGAGGAGCUGGUCGACCCGGAUCCUCGGUCCGGACAAGAAUUGCUGGCGCUCGUCCAAGGCAAUGCUCAGGAGACUCGUAGCUUGAUGGCAAGAGGUGACGCAAAGAGCGCACUGUCUUUGAUCCUUGCAGAUCCCCCAUUCGGCCGCGAUGCAACAGAAGCAAAGAACCUCAACUUGAACACCCUGAUGGACAUUCUGAAUUCGACACGCUCGACCGAGAUUGCGGGCAUCGUAAAGGCGCUCUCGAUCGAGGAGCAAGAUCAUCUUAUGGCAUAUAUCUACAAGGGUCUCUCACAUCCAGAAAGCGGUAACAGCGCCAUCCUCUUGAAUUGGCAUGAACGACUGACGGAAGCAGCGGGGACCGGAUGCAUUGUACGGGUCAUGACUGAUCGAAGGGAUCUGUAAUAAAUUGAUGCCUGGAUUACAACCAUCCUUAUGACAC